CGUGCCGGCGUGCCAAGCCGGCCAGGGCGCAAGGAGGCGCCGUCCAAGAUGUGGGUGGCGAUGGUGGUGAUAGUGGUAGUGGUGCUGCAGAUUGCCUCCACCACGGGGCUCUUUGUCUACCUGAACAUGUCCAUAUCGGAGGUGCGUAGCCAGGGUGUAACAGAGGAGCUGAGGUGCCUGAGUUUACUGAAUGCUCUGGAUAAGGACCAGGACAUCCCAGACCAGCUGGCCCAGCUCUUUGGAGAGCCCUGCAUCAAACUGGCAGAAGGCAUCAAAGCAUACAUCUCCAAGGUGACAGAGAACAUCAUCUCCAAACAGACCUUCAUCGAGGCCAGAACCAUGCCUCGUUCUUUCAACAACUCAGGGUCAAAGUUCAUGACCUCGGUGGCCCAGAGGCCAUCUGCCCACUUGACCCUCAGAGACACCAACUCUCAAGGGUUCCCUCCCUACCCAAUCCCCACGGCAGGUCUUCACCAGUCCUGUCGCCAUGUGGUUCGCUCAUGGGCCAAUCAGAGUUUUGGAGCUCACCUGCACAACAUGACCCUGUCAAAUGGGAAGCUGCGAGUGCCUCAGGACGGGCGCUACUACUUGUACUCGCAGGUGUAUUUCCGUUAUCCGUCCCCUGCAGCCAGUGAUGGAGACCAGCGCAGUGUCAGCCAUCAGCUGGUGCAGUGUGUCUACAAGAAGACCUCCUACCCGAGCCCCAUACAGCUCCUGAAGGGGGUGGGCACCAAGUGCUGGGCUCCGGAUGCUGAGUACGCCCUCCACUCCGUCUACCAGGGAGGACUGUUUGAACUGAGGGCUGGUGAUGAGCUUUUUGUCUCCGUCUCUUCACCAAACAUGGUCAAUGCCGAUGAUUCCUCCAGCUACUUUGGAGCUUUCCGCCUGGACCUCUGAGAGGAAGAGGUGGAAAAAAAGAAAAAAGCUGAAGACAGUGGGUUUGGGGGCCUUUCGAAUAUCCAUUGAUUGGAAUAAGGGUCAAGUAGACAGAAGUGUGGGAUGUUGGCCUGGAUCCUCAGUGUUUACUUGGACAUAUACGCUGAGGGGUGGAAGGAUUAGGGUUUGAAGGCUUCACUUGAGAAACAAAUCCUGCAAGAAGAUGGGGUGACAUGUAAAACACAGGGGAUUUGUCCUCCUUACUUUCCAUGAAGUGACACACAAUCAUCAAGAUCAAGAGAUAAGGAGAAAAGUGCAAUUACACUAAAACAAAUGUGAGGAUAUUGAUUUUUCUGAUGAUUUGAGGAAGGGAAUUACAUUCUGGAUGUCAAAAAGACAAACCUGCUAGAUGAGAAUCACCCCCAAAAAUAUAUCCUGUUGCUUGCAUCAUAAAAUAACACGCAAAUCCCAGAUUAUCUCACAUGUCAGGGGCCUUUUAGUGGGAAGCAAUCGAACCCUUGGAUUUGGACUCCAGACCAAAGAAUGUACACACCAUAAAAAUUCAACCUCUGCAUUGAACAUGGGAGGAAGAACUGUGAAGUGAUAGCAGAAGCAAAAUCGAGUGUGUCAUGAGAGUGCAUAUAAGAAUGAGAUUUAGACGUUGAACUGUGGUGAUUUUAAAAAUAAUUCUUAACUUACGACCACUUGGAGCUUGCUGUGGACUAUCUACCUGAAACACUAGAACUGUGGAUUUUAUCCAAAGGCUUUUUGGAGUCUGAUAAGGACUGCCUUUUUGUACUGGAUGCUGUACAGUAAUAAGACAGAGGAAACAAUGUGCCUUUUGAACAAAGGCAUUUGCAAGGAGAGAAAGGAUGAAAAGUGAGUGCGACAUCUUGUAAAUGCCAAUCAUUAACACAGGAAAGGAUUAGAA